CACGGCCAACAUUUUGGGGAACACGUCACUGGUUUCCACGGUGGGCAGUUCUAUCGCUGCUCUUCCGGUGGAGACGUGGCUCUGUCCUGCUGCCGUAUUGACGCUAGCUAGCUAACAAUCACACAACUUGAAGUCAGCUGUACAUUCGCACCUUUCUAUUCCAGACUGACUAGAAAUCACCAAAUCAAGAAACACGAAAGACGGAAGAUCGUCGUUCCAUAGAGAGAGACCAAAAUGGUGCUGUUGGCAGCGGCGGUGUGCACCAAGGCCGGCAAGGCCAUCGUAUCGCGGCAGUUUGUGGAAAUGACCCGGACACGCAUUGAGGGACUCCUGGCUGCAUUCCCUAAACUGAUGAACACUGGCAAGCAGCACACCUUUGUGGAAACAGACAGUGUUCGCUAUGUGUACCAGCCCUUGGAAAAACUCUACAUGGUCCUCAUCACCACCAAGAACAGCAACAUCCUGGAGGACCUGGAGACCCUCAGACUCUUCUCCCGCGUGAUCCCAGAAUACUGUCGUGUGCUAGAGGAGAGCGAAAUAUCAGAUCACUGUUUCGACCUGAUCUUUGCCUUCGAUGAGAUCGUUGCACUAGGCUACAGAGAGAACGUCAACCUGGCUCAGAUCCGCACCUUCACAGAGAUGGAUUCCCACGAGGAGAAGGUUUUCCGGGCUGUCAGAGAGACCCAGGAAAGAGAGGCUAAGGCAGAGAUGAGGAGAAAGGCCAAGGAGCUGCAGCAGGCCAGAAGGGACGCUGAGCGCUCUGGAAAGAAGGUGUCGACCUACGGAGGCUUCGGCAGCGCCCCCGGCAUGACCAGCAUGUCCUCAGGGUCCAUCAUCACAGACACCAUCGUGGAGCCUGAGAAGCCCAAGAUCACACCAGCCGCCGCCAGACAAAGUGGACCCAGCAAGGCUCUGAAACUGGGCGCUAAAGGGAAGGAGGUGGACAACUUUGUUGACAAGCUCAAGUCCGAGGGUGAAACCAUCAUGCCAACCUCAGGGAAGAGAGGCUCCGAUGUAUCUAAAGCUCUGCCGCCACCAGUCAAUGUGGAGGGCGUACAUCUGCGUGUGGAGGAGAAGAUCUCGCUGACCUGCGGCCGUGACGGCGGUCUUCAGAACAUGGAGCUACUGGGCAUGGUCACGCUCCGAGUCACAGACGAGAAGAGUGGACGCAUCCGCCUCAUCAUCAACAACAACGACAACAAAGGGCUGCAGCUGCAAACACAUCCCAACGUGGACAAGAAGCUGUUCACAACUGACUCGGUGAUCGGCCUGAAGAACCCGGAGAAGUCCUUCCCUCUCAACAACGAUGUCGGUGUGCUCAAGUGGAGACUGCAGACCACAGACGAGGCCCUCAUACCUCUAACCAUAAACUGCUGGCCUUCAGAGAGCGCCACUGGCUGUGAUGUGAACAUCGAAUACGAGCUGCAGGAGGAGAGCCUCGAGCUCAACGACGUGGUCAUCAGCAUCCCUGUACCGUCUGGAGUGGGUGCUCCUUUAAUCGGGGAUCUUGACGGAGAGUACAAACACGACAGCAGGCGGAACAUUCUAGAGUGGUGCCUACCCGUCAUCGACGCCAACAACAAGACUGGCAGCAUGGAGUUCAGCAUCGCUGGGCAGCCCAACGACUUCUUCCCCAUCGCCGUGACCUUCGUGUCCAAGCGCAACUACUGCGACAUCCAGGUUACCAAAGCGACCCUCGUAGACGGUGACACCUCCGUUCGAUUCUCUUCAGAAAUCUCCUUUCUCGUCGACAAAUACGAAAUCCUGUAAAAAAAUAAAUAAUUCAAAGGAAACAACUAAAUCAAAAAAAUCACCAACAAAAAAAAAGUCCAAAUCUAUGCUACAGAGAAAGAUUGAAGAUUUUCUUGCCUGCCCACCCUGUCUACUAUUUGAGAGACUGUGUACAUCGACAGGACUACAUCAGCCCGCCGGUAGAGCCUCUUCCUGUGGUGGAGCAGAGCAGCGGUGGUGUAUUUAUAUGUUUGUAUGAGAGAGGAUCAUCUAUAUAUAGAGUUAAUUGAAACGGGAAAAAAACACAAAAAAAAAAAGUAAACCGAUGCUGUUCGCCAGGCAGAACUGUAAAGAGGACUUGAGAGUAAGUAGAGGAUGACUGCGGGGGGGCACCCUCCCCACCCCGUCUUCUUCACAUUGCAAUGGUUCAUUGAUAACGAGGGUUCUUGCUUUCUGUCUUUCAGAUUUCCCUAUCCAUAAUAACUGCCGAUUUGAAGCUGUCCCAAUCAUUAUAAGCCUUUCUUUCUUUAUUCGUUAAAUUAUCGUGAUUUACUCUUGAUAUCUCACCAUAGAUUAUCUUUUUUGUUUCAUUCUUGCGAGGACACUUAGUUCUCAGUUAAAUCUGUGUGCAUUUAUCAUCAGCAAAAUCGUUCUUCUUUUAAGUUUUAACUGAUAUUUUUUUACUGUAUCAUUGUUUAUACCACUUAUCCGGAUAAUGAAAUUUGACAGUGAAGAGCAGGACUUUGUGAGGAUUUCUCAGACGCAGGCGAAGUUACCUACCAAUGAACACUUCUGCAUCUGUGGAAUUCCUAUCUUUUUUCGUAAUGCCAACACAACCACUCCUCAAAAAUAGACGCCAUUUUUCUCUCCGGUCCAUUAAAGUCCAAUGACCAGCCCUCAGAUAUCACGGAGUAGGAAAAAAAGUACUUUGAUCUUAACCCAGGAACAACUUUCAAGCCCUUAAUCUAACAUCCUGUACAGAGUGGGUGUGUGUUGGCCUGUUAUCCACACAGAGAAGAAUCACAUCCUGUUACCCCACCCCGCCUGCUCAUCCACCCGCUCAUCCUUUACUUGCAUUCUCGUAGUACAUCAACAUUAUUCAAGUUAUAACAUUUGUCUUUUAUGUUAUCGUUUUUUUGUUUUUUUUCAUUUGUACUCCCCAACUUUCGAUUUAGCAAAGUGUGGAUGUGGGGUUGAAAAUGACUAGAUUGAGCAUUUUUAACUAAAUUACUGAUGGGGAAUCUUAACAUUCCAGUGUACAAUUAGAAAAAAGAAUCUUUAAUGGAAUAAAAUGUAUUAUUAAAAAUGUA